GCUCUUGACUCUUUCCUGUGUCCGUUCGUGCCCGGUCUCGCCGCCGCCAUGAUCGGCCCGCGGUCGGGGUCGAUUCCUACCUACAACAGCCUUACGGACAAACACCUGGCUGGAUAUUUCAGAAAUGCCCGGAUAAGACAACAUCUGCAGAGAUCAGGACUGAUCUCAAGGAGUGGGAGAAUAAUCUCUGAGAAGGAGUACCGGAGAAAUGAAAUCAGGAGGAAUCACCAGCGACUCCUGGAGGACUACCUGACUCAAAUUAUAUUCCACAAGAUCCUCGACUUGAAGCGUCGGCAGAAGUGGGAAGCGAUGAGGAAGCUGGAAGAAUCUCUGAGGAUGGAGAAGUGGGAGAGAACCAAGAUGGAACGCUCCAGAAGGUUAGUGGAUGGUGCCAGGCCUCCCUACCUCCCACGCCCACCACUUCGUCCACUUAAUCAUCCUGACCUCCAGCUUGCAGUGGUUGAAGGAUCUGCUGCUCAGUCACACCUGGGGGAGAGGAUUGGGUUAAGGCCUGUGAACGCAAAGGAGAAUGUGACUGACAGCUCCCCGUGUCACCUCCCUCCCAUUGGCCAUCAUGGGAUGCCAGUGCCCCUUCCUCACCCACCAAAGGAGCCCAGGAGUGCAGCUGCAGGGAACAAUGGGAUGCCCCGCUGGAGGCGGUUUCGCCCCAUGACAGCCCCAAACGGGCAGGUUGCUGUGGUGAAUUCUGGAGGUUUCCACAAGCCCUCUGUACACAGCAACGUGCUCGUGACUAUGGCCUUCCUGGGAAAAAGUCUGCACCUGGCUCACCCUGACACCAACUUCAGGGAUGAGAUAAAAAUCUAUCAGCAGCACUGUGGGGGAGAAAACCUUUGUGUCUACAAAGGCAUGCUGCUGGAAGGAGAGACCUUUCAGCUGACCUCCAAGAGGCACCGUGGCUUCCCCUUCAGCCUCACCUUUUACCUUAAUGGGAUUCCAGUGGACAGGCUGAGCUGCUGCUGUGAAUUUAAGCUGCAGAAGCGUUCACGCCUGGGAGGCAGACGCGGAUAUUUUGGGUUUGUCCGCGUGGAGGGAGCAUCUCCUUGCUACAGGUGCAUAACAGCAAUGAAGGCGGACAAAAAGCCAUCCCCUCCCAAGAAGACUGGUGUGAAGGAGGCGGAGUGCGAUGUGGAGGAGGCGAAGGGCGGUGUGGAGGAGGAGGAGGGUGGUGUGGAGGAGGCGAAGGGCGGUGUGGAGGAGGCAAAGGGCGGUGUGGAGGAGGAGAAGGGUGGUGUGGAGGAGGCGAAGGGCGGUGUGGAGGAGGAGUUGGAGGCUGAUGUGGAGGAGGAGUUGGAGGGCGAUGUGGAGGAGGAGUUGGAGGGCGAUGUGGAGGAGGAGGCGGAGGGCGAUGUGGAGGAGGAGGCGGAGGCCGAUGUGGAGGAGGAGUUGGAGGCCGAUGUGGAGGAGGAGUUGGAGGGCGAUGUGGAGGAGGAGGCGGAGGCCGAUGUGGAGGAGGAGUUGGAGGCCAAUGUGGAGGAGGAGUUGGAGGCCGAUGUGGAGGAGGACGCGGAGGGCGAUGUGGAGGAGGACGUGGAGGGUGAUGUGGAGGAGGACGUGGAGGAGGACGUGGAGGGCGAUGUGGAGGAGGACGUGGAGGGCGAUGUGGAGGAGGACGUGGAGGGUGAUGUGGAGGAGGACGUGGAGGGCGAUGUGGAGGAGUUGGAGUCCGAUGUGGAGGAGGAGUUGGGGGCCGAUGUGGAGGAGGAGGCGGAGGCCGAUGCGGAGGAGGAGUUGGAGGGCGAUGCGGAGGAGGAGGCGGAGGGCGAUGCGGAGGAGGAGUUGGAGGCCGAUGCGGAGGAGGAGGCGGAGGGCGAUGCGGAGGAGGAGUUGGAGGCCGAUGCGGAGGAGGAGGCGGAGGGCGAUGCGGAGGAGGAGUUGGAGGCCGAUGUGGAGGAGGAGGCGGAGGGCGAUGCGGAGGAGGAGUUGGAGGCUGAUGCGGAGGAGGAGGAGGGCGAUGCGGAGGAGGAGUUGGAGGCCGAUGCGGAGGAGGAGGGCGAUGCGGAGGAGGAGUUGGAGGCCGAUGUGGAGGAGGAGGCGGAGGGCGAUGCGGAGGAGGAGGCGGAGGGCGAUGCGGAGGAGGCGGAGGGUGAUGUGGAGGAAGCUGCAGGCCAGAUGGAGGAGGCAGAAGGCAGAGUGGAGGGGGCAGAGGGCCAUGAGGAGAAGGCUGAGGGCUCGGUGAAGGAGGUACAGGGCAACGUGGAGGAGCCUGAGGGCCUGGUGGAGGAGGGAGAGGGGAGAGUGGAGGAGGCCGAGGGCCUGGGGGAAGAGGGAGAGGUCAGGCCAGAAGGCCCAGUGGAGGCAGAGGUCAGAGUUGAGGAGGCAGAGAGGCCUGUGGAAGCUGGGGGCAGAGUGGAGGAGGGAGAGAUCAGAAUGGAGGUGGCGGAGGUCAGAAUGGAGGUGGCAGAGGACCCCGCAGAGGAAGCUGAGUGCGAUGUGGAGGAAGCCGAGGGCAAUAUGAUGGAGGCAGAGGACAUGGUGGAGGAAGCUGAGGGCCCUGUGGAAGUGGCCAAGGGCAAUGUGGAGGAGGCGGAGAGGACUGUGGAGGAGACCAAGGGCUGUGAGGAAAAGGCCAAGGGCCCAGUGGAGGAGGCUCAGGACCUGGUGGAGGAGGCAGAAGGCAGAGUGGAGGAGGCAGAGGGCCAUGAGGAGGCCGAGAGCCCAGUGGAGGAGGCAGAGUGCCACGUGGAAAAGGUCAGACUGGAGGGGGCUGGGGACCCAGUGGUGGAGGCCGAAAUGCCUGUAGAGGGGGCCAAGGGCCAUGAGGAGGAGGCAGAAGGCCUGGUGGAGGAGGCAGAAGGCAGAGUGGAGGAGGCAGGAGAGGGUAGAGUGGAGGAGGCUGAGGGCUGUGAGGAGGAGGCCAAGGGCAGGGUGGACGAGGUAAAGGGCCUGGUGGAGGAGGGAGAGGGCAGAGAGGAGGCCGAGGGCAGUGAGGAAGAGGCCAAGGGCCCGGUGGAGGAGGAAGAGGACCUGUCGGAGGAGGCAGAGGGCAGAGAGGAGGCCGACAGCUGUGAGGAGGAGGCCGAGGGCCUGGUAGAGGAGGCAGGAGGCAGAGUGGAGGAGGCAGGAGAGAGUAAAGUGGAGGAGGCUGAGGGCCGGAGUGAGGAGAGAGAGGGCUGGGUGGAGGAGGCCGAGGGCAGGGUGGACAAGCCAGAAGGCCUGGUGGAGGAGGUAGAGGGCCACAUGGAGGACGCCGAGAGGCCUGUGGAGGGGGCCAAGGGCCAUGAGGAGGAGGCAAAGGGCCUGGUGGAGGAGGCAGGAGAGAGUAGAGUGGAGGAGGGUGAGGCCAGAGUGGAGGUGUCAGAGGACCUAGAGGAGGAGGCAGAGGGCCAUGUGGAAGAGGCAGAGGACCUGAUGGAGGGGGCUGAGAGGCCUGUGGAGGCCAAAGGCAGAGUGGAGGUGGCAGAGGACCCCGCGGAGGAAGCUGAGGGCCCUGCGGAGGAGGCCGAGGGCCACAUGGAGGAGGCUGAGAGGCCUGUGGAGGGGUCAAAGGGCCUGGUGGUGGAGGCUCAGGACCCAGUGGAGGAGGCAGAGGCCAAUGUGGAGGAGGCUGAGAGGCCUGUGCAGGCCGAGAGGCCUGUGGAGGAGGCAGAGGCCAAUGUGGAGGAGGCUGAGAGGCCUGUGGAGGGGUCAAAGGGCCUGGUGGUGGAGGCUCAGGACCCAGUGGAGAAGGCUGAGAGCCCUGUAGAGGAGGCAGAGGCCAAUGUGGAGGAGGCUGAGAGGCCUGUGGAGGCCGAGAGCCAUGAGGAAGAGGCAAAGGGACCAGUGGAGGAGGCUCAGGACCCGGUGGAGGCUGGAGAGGGCAGGGGGGACAAGCCAGAAGACCUGGUGGAGGAGGCAGAGGUCAGAGUGGAGGAGGCAGAGAGGCCUGUGGAGGCUGAAGGCAGAUGGGAGGAGGAGGCCAAGGGCCAGGUGGAGGAGGCACAGGGACAUGAGGAAGAGGCAGAGGUCAGAAUGGAGGUGGCAGAGGACCCCGCGGAGGAAGCCGAGUGUGAUGUGAUGGAGGCAGAGGACCCCGCGGAGGAAGCUGAGGGCCCUGUGGAGGUGGCCAAGAAGCCUGUGGAGGGGGGCAAGGGCCGUGAGGAGGAGGCAAAGGGCCUGGUGGAGGAGGCUGAGGGCCGUGAGGAGAAGGCCAAGGGCUCGGGUGAGGAGGGAGGGGGCAGGGUGGAAGAGCCAGAAGGCCCUGCGGAGGAGGGAGAGGGCCACGUGGAGGAGGCAGAGGACGUGGCAGAGGAGGCAGGGGACCCGGUGGAGGAGGCUGAGAGGCCUCUGGAGGGAGAGGGCAGGGUGGAGGAGGGGGAGGCGACGCGGCAAAGGCGGUGCGGGGUGUGGGUGCGGCGGCUCCUGCCGGCUCAGCUGGGGUGGGAGCGGUGGAGGAGCACUCUUGGCCGCGGCGCGGCGGCUCCUUCUGCCGGCUCAGCUGGGGUGGGAGCGGUGGAGGAGCACUCUUGGCCGCGGCGCGGCGGCUCCUGCCGGCUCAGCUGGGGUGGGAGCGGUGGAGGAGCACUCUUGGCCGCGGCGCGGCGGCAGGCGGCGGCGCCUCCGACUCCGGCCGUUUCGAGCCAGGGCGCGGCGGCGGGGGGCGCGACAGCCGUAGGAAGAAGCGCGGCCGGGGGUGCGGUCGCGGCAGCUGCCGACGUAACACGGGCUCGGGCGGCGCCCGAGAGAGCGCCGGCUCCGCUCUGCCGCCCGCAGCUGCCGGUGUGCCUAGGCAAGCGGCGGCAGAGGUGGCGACAGCUGCUGAGACCCUGCGGCACGCAGCAGCAGCGGCAGCCGCCGCUCGCCCACCGCUGCGCCCUGCCCGCCGAGCCGCGCCUGCGCCCUGCUUGCUCUGGCAAGUGUGCCCCUAGUGCCAGUCUCACACCGGGGCGCAGCGGCACAGCUCGCUGCGUGCCGGCACGGUGUGAAGUGGCAGUAGCCGUGUGA